CAAUCGUUCUUUUCUGGAGUUGUAGGGUUUGCUCCCUCGCGAAUCUCCGCCACUGCCCUACUUCGAUUUCGCAGUCAUGGUUUCCCUGAAGCUGCAGAAGCGCUUGGCCGCCAGCGUGCUCAAGUGCGGCGAGCGGAAGGUCUGGCUCGACCCCAAUGAGGUCAACGAAAUUUCCAUGGCCAACAGUCGGCAGAACAUCCGCAAGCUGGUGAAGGACGGUUUCGUCAUCCGCAAGCCCCAGAAGAUUCACUCGCGCGCUCGUGCUCGCCGUGCUCUUGAGGCUAAGCGAAAGGGCCGUCAUUCCGGUUACGGAAAGCGCCGGGGUACUAGAGAGGCUCGACUUCCCACUAAGGUUUUGUGGUUGCGACGCAUGCGGGUGUUGAGGCGUCUCUUGCGCAAGUACCGUGAUGCUAAGAAAAUUGACAAGCACAUGUACCACGACAUGUACAUGAAAGUCAAGGGCAAUGUCUUCAAGAACAAGCGUGUAUUGAUGGAGAGUAUCCACAAAUCGAAGGCUGAAAAGGCACGUGAGAAGACUCUCUCUGACCAAUUCGAGGCUAGGCGUGCCAAGAACAAGGCUACACGUGAGCGCAAGAUCGCUAGGAGGGAGGAGCGACAAGCUCAGGGUAUCCCUGCAGCUGCUCCCGCACAAGCUGCUGAGGCUCCAGCGACUGAUGCUCCAGUCAAGAAGUCGAAGAAGUAGGUAGUGACUGUUAUUUUUGUGUCAAUGAAAUCCUGUGGUUUGAAUCAACAUGAAGAGAAGUCACCUUGCUUUAAAGACCGUACUUUCUGCUCCA